UCAGAUCUUUAUUAUUUAAAACAUUUUUAUAUUCUUUAUACAAAAUAUUUUGCCAAAAAGAUAUAUUUGAUGACAUCCAAUCUAAUAUUACAUAAUACAUUUGUUGAUAUUUAAUUAUAAUAAAACCACUAAUAAAAUGGAAGUGAUAGAAGUUUGCGCAGAAAAGAAACAUUGUGUAGUCCCAGCUGAGCAGCAAUUAUGCAAUGAUAAGAGUACACGAAGAUAUGUACAACCGCCAAGAAUCAAAUCAUUUGCUCCUGAAAGAUUAUACAGACCUCCAUCGAAACCACUUGAUACUUCUACAACAUAUCAUCUUUCAUAUAUGGAUACGGAUCCCAGAACAGCUCAAUCUAUUCGGGCUCAACCUUAUCGUCCGAUUCAAACGUUUGUUAAAUCAAGCGAAAAAUUUUCUCAUGAGACAACUAAUAAAAUGAGUUACCAACCUAUUUGGCAUACAGCUAAGAGAAAACCAAUUAAGCCUAAGUUCAGAGCUUUGUUAGGACGUGGGGCAUUAGAAAGCGUCACUACAACAAAAGGUGACUAUAUACCAAAAUAUACAGAAAAGUUAGAUAUGAUAGUACCUUGUGGAAAUAUAAGGAUAAGUGCAAGUCCUUUGGAUACUAAUACAACUGCGGGUCUUUCUUAUGUAAAUCCUGGUGUAACAGAACCUGUUACUAGCUUUAAACCUGUAAUAAGAUACCACCAACCUAGUCAUUCAGUUUCAAAGGAUACCACUCACAAAUUAAGUUAUCAACCUUUUGCUGUUAGCAAAAAAGAAAAGUUUCCUUGGGCACAAAAAUCUAUAUAUAAGCCUCCAAGUGUUGCAAUGUGUGCGAAAACUAUCUAUUCUGACAGUUAUUUAGAGAAUGAAAUAUACGAAAAAAUGAAACCAUACAUUCCUACUGCAACAGAUAUAUUACCUAGUAAAGCACAAUUUAUGGAUAAAACAAUUUAUAAAGAGAGCUAUUUACCUUGUGAUAUAGAAAAAUCAACAAAAAUCGUUCCAUCUGCUAAUAUUUUCAUAUCAAAUGAAAAAAUAUCCACUGAUACAACAAAUAAGUUGAGCUAUCAACCAGUUUGGUCUAAGAAGCGUUCUCCGAUCUUGCCACGUAGUAGAAAGAUGAUAGAAGGUUCAAUACAAACUGAAACUACAAAUCGUCAUGAUUUUGUACCCAAAACGAUUACACCUCCAAAACUGAUUAUUCCAUGCAAUAAUAUUCGUAUACCAGGAGAUCCCAUUGUUGAUAAGACAACAACUGGCUUGUCAUAUAUACAUCCUGGUCAAUUAGAACCUGUGCAAAGUUUCAAACCUAUUUCUCAUUACAGCAGACCUGUUACUAAGAUAGAUUCUGAGACUAUAAAUAAAUUAUCCUACCAAACUUGGACGCCAGUGCCUAAAAUGGAUAUGCCAUGGGCACAUCGACCUACAUAUAAAGUUCCUAAGGAACGAAUGACCACAGAUACAAUCUAUCAAAUGAGUUAUCCUUUACCAGGAUAUUUUAUUGAGAAUGAGUGUCCAUGUACAGAAUAAGAAUUUCGACAUUGAUAUUUCUGAAACAAUACUAUAUUUUGAAAUUAGUUAUAUAAAUUAUAAUUAAGUAUGAAAACAUAUUACUUUUUUGAUAAAUGAUCUUUUUAUUUUAAAAUAACUUUUUUCGAUCACAAUAUAUAUAAAAAGGUAUGAUACACUUGAUAUACUUGUACCUUUUUACUUGCACUGAUAGGACUAAUUGUGGACUUAAAAUAGAUUUUAAUGAAGAUUUGUAAGAGCAUGGAUUAAAACAUUUUAUUGCGCAUAAAUAUAUAAGCGCUACUUAUGUUACAUUUAUAUUAUUAUAAUUACUGUAUACAGGAUGAAUAUAUAAGAGCACAUUAUUUAUCUUUUACAGGAGAUAAAAUUAUUCUCAAUAAUAAAAUAAACUCUAAUCUUUGAUAAAAGGAUCAAUAGACAAUAUUAACGUACAUUUGCCAAAAGAUUCGGCUUAUAUAUCAUAUAAUGAUAAAUAUAAAAAGAGACAACAAUGUGUGCAGUCCUAGCGGGGACAAAAUUCAGCAUAUAUGUAAUGGUGCUUUACAUAUGCAUAACAAUUGAUAAUUCUUUAAUAAUACAUAUAAGACAGGGGAGAGAUUGCAGAGCUCGAAUAUGGAAUACAACUAACUAUUUAAGCUUACAUAUAAAUAUGUAUGUAUCUCUCUUUCUGUGUGUGUAUGUGUGCCUAAACAAGUUAUAAAAUAAACGAAAACUUUUUCGUUAUGCACAAA